GACAUGUCUCAUUACGGUUCACAGUCAGAUCCCGCUAAGAUGUACAACGCGAGAUCGCGUGGCAGCGCUGCCAACGAGGGGAUUUCCCCCAAAAGAAUAGUCACCAUCGGCUCUCUGCUCCUAGUCCUUGGUUUUAACCAGGUGGCGUCCAUGUCGCUGGAUCGCCUGGCUCUCGAGAGAAACGAGCUGCCAGCGGAUCAGCAGCAGCCACAACAGCAGGAUGUUCUCGUGGACAACAUGAAGCUCACCUCCAUUCCCUCCGCCGACUCAUCGGACAUGUAUAUGCUGGUGCCCGAUACGGUGGCCAGUCAACUGGAAGACACCGAGCAUGUCAAUCGCAACUCCAUCGAAGCCGAUCCCGAAUCGGAUCCCUCUGGCUCAUCCGCCUCCGACAUGCUGAUGCUGGAGAGCGAUUCCAGCCCGGCUAUGCAACUCGUGGAACUGCCCAGCGACAUUACGGUAGCCGAAUCCCAGCCAGAAACGGAGCACGACGCGGAGCACGACGCGGAGCAGCAGCCCGAGUCCAUCGAGGAACAUGUAGUCCUGAUGAAACCAGCUAGCCAGGAGGCUCAGUUGGAGCAGACCGUGGACUUGGCCACCGAAGCGGCACCAGUGCCUUUAAACGACGAACUGCCAGAGGAUGAGGAAUCUCCUGCUGCCACCGAGAGUGCCGUGGAGGAAUUGGAAAAGGAAUCCGAAGCGGCCAUGGAUGAUCAAGUGCCCGAGGAAUCGGAAACUCACCCGGAACAGGUGCAACUAGAGGAAUACCAGUCAGAAUCUGAUGGUGAACUGGCGGAGAAAAAGCCAGAGAUUGAAGCUCAGACAGAAGUGGAAGCCCAACCAGAAGUGGAGCCACAACCAGAAGUGGAGUCCCAGCCUGAAGUGGAAUCCCAGCCAGAAGUAGAAGCCCAACCUGAAGUGGAACCUCAGCCAGAGGUUGAACCUCAGCCAGAAGUGGAAACCCAGCCUGAGGCUGAAUCUCAAUCAGAACCAGAAACCCAACCAGAAGUGGAAGCCCAGCCUGAAGUGGAAACCCUACCAGAGGCUGAAUCCCAGCCAGAAGCAGAGUCGCAGCCCGAAAAGGAACCCGAAGUUGAGGCUGAGAAAAUCAGUGAUAACGAGGUGGACACCACGGAGGCAUCCCUGAUGGAAACCCUGGUCGAGGGCAUUGAAGAUGGUCUAACUGCCGCUAUGGACAACCUGGUGCCCGAAGAAUUGGCCGAGGCCAGUGAUAAACAAGAACCGGAGCUUCAAAGCGAAGAUCAGCAGUCCCAUGUCACAGAAGCCAUAGAAGAGCAGGCAGUUCCCGAAAUUGAGCAGGAAAAGGAAAAGGAACCCGAACAGCUAACCUUGGCCGAUGAUAUUGCCCAGCCUUCAAAUGAAGAGCCAGUCGCGAUUGCCCCAGAACAACAUAUUGAAGCGGAAAUUGCUCCAGCUGAAAUUCCAGAGGAAGGCAAGCCCGAGGAGGAAGUCCAAAUGGAGGAGGAGGUUAAGCCACUUGAAGAAUCUAAGCCCGAGGAGGAAAUCAAGCCCCAGGAAGAGUCAAAGCCAGAGGAGGAGGUCCAGAAUUAUGCUGAGACUCAACCAGCUGUCACCGAGGUGAAACCAGAGGAAACUCCUGCUGAUAUCCCUGCCGAGAUUCCUGCUGAGGUCCCUGCCGAAGUUCCUACCGAAGUUCCUGCCGAGAUCCCUGCCGAAGUUCCUGCCGAGAUUCCUGCUGAAAUCCCUGCCGAGAUCCCUGCUGAAAACCCUGCUGAAACCCCUGCUGAAAUCCCUGCUGAAAUCCCAGCUGAAAUCCCAGCUGAAAUCCCAGCUGAUGUUCCAGCUCAAGUUGUAGAUGAAGCUCCAGCGGAAACCCCAGUUGAAACCCCAGAAGUUCCUGCUGAAGUCCCAUCUAAAGUCCAAGAUGAAAUCCAAUCCGACUCGACCCAAGCCGAACCCCAAGUAGAGAAGGAAGCCCAGCAGCCGGAGAAGGAAACCAAGCCCUUGGAAUCGUCGCUGCUGACCACCAUCAUUCCCAUGGUGAUGCCCCAACCCCAGGUGCCAUCGCAACCCCUUCAGGUGCAGGAUAGUGUGCUGAACUACGUCAACGCCUCGUUCAUGCAGCAGCAGCCAUCGGAAACGGAUCUGCCCAAGACGGAGGAGGAGUCACCAUUCAAUGCCCAUCUGCGUCGCUAUGAUGGCGCCCAAGUGUGGCGCAUCGUGGUCCAGACCGACAAGGAUAAGCGAAUGGCCGACGAACUGCAGUCCAAAUAUGAUGGCCAACUGUGGAAAGAGGUCAAGCAGGAGGUGGACUAUCUGCUGAAGCCACAAGUUUUGGCCGCCGCCGAGCGUCACAUUCGCGCCGCUAAUCUUUCCCGGAUCGUUCUCAUCGACAAUUUGCAGCGUGUCAUUGAAAAGGAGAAUCCGCCAGCGGAGAAGAUUGCCGAGCUCCAGAACCGCAAGGGACAUCGCCUCACCUGGCAGGCCUAUCAUCGUCUGGAGGACAUUCACGGCUUCAUUGACUACAUGGCCAAAACCUAUCCGGAUAUUUGCUCCACGGAGAUCAUUGGCUACUCGGUGGAGAAGCGACCACUGAAGAUUCUCAAGAUUUCCAAUGGCAAUGCCCGUAAUCCUGGCAUCUGGAUCGAUGGUGGCAUGCACGCACGCGAAUGGAUUAGUCCGGCCACGGUCACCUACAUUGCCAACCAGCUGGUCGAGGGUUGGGAGGAUCUGCCCGAGCACAUGCGCAGCAUCAACUGGUACAUCCAUCCGGUGGCCAAUCCCGACGGCUACGAGUACUCUCACACAACCGAUCGACUCUGGCGCAAGAAUAUGCGUGCCCAUGGUCGCCAGUGCCCCGGUGUGGAUCUGAACCGUAACUUUGGCUACAAGUGGGGUGGCAAGGGCACCUCCGCCAGUCCCUGCUCGCAGACAUAUCGCGGCAGCAAGGCCUUCUCCGAGCCGGAGACCUUCUACAUCUCCAAGUUCAUCAGCGGCUUCCCGCGCGAGACCUUCCAGGCGUACCUUUCGUUCCACAGCUAUGGCCAGUACAUCCUGUAUCCUUGGGGCUACGACUACCAGCUAACCCAGGACCGUGCCGAUCUCGAUCGUGUGGCGCGACAGGCUGGAACGAGCAUCACCAAGUCGACGGGCGUGAAGUAUACGGUGGGAUCCUCCGCCACAACUUUGUACCCCGCCGCCGGCGGCUCCGAUGAUUGGGCCAAGGGCAUUGCGGGCAUCAAGUAUGCCUACACCAUUGAAAUGGGCGACACCGGACGGUAUGGCUUCGUCCUGCCCGCCCGGUUCAUCCAGUACAACGGCAAGGAUGGCGUGACCUUCGCCGACACCGUGGCCAGGGCGAUUGCCCAGGGACGCGGAAAGUCGGUGGCCAGGAACAGCAGUGGCAGCCGGAGGCGUGGCCACUAGUCCUGACACUUAGCUAAAUGCGAUUUUUUGUAAAUCAGCCUAAUGAUUUUUUUUUUUUGCUAUUUAUA